AUGACAUUGAAUACCGAAUUAAAAAUGACAGGGCUUGUUACUGCACAUAACGAUCUGACAGACCACAUGCAGAGUUUUUCACAACAGAUUACUGAUAUGGAGAUAAAAAUAAUGGAUGCUGAAGACAGAGCGAGACGGAAUAAUUUAAGGUUGAAAGGAAUCCCUGAAACCGUGACUCAAGCAGAGUUAUCACCAUAUGUUAGAGAUCUCUUUAAAACACUGAUACCUGAAGCCCCAGCAGAUAUGUUACUCCUGGAUCAGGUCCAUUGUCUGGUACGUCUGAGAUACAUCCCGGAAUCAGUACGAGAGAUGUGCUUUUAA